GGAGGAGCAGUCUGCAAACGCUCUCGGCAGUGGAGACAGGAGAGUUGCGCAGUGUUCGGCCUCUUGUGGCAGAGGGACGCUUGAAUGCAUCUUUGAUAGUUGGAACGCCUUCUAAAAAGAAGUAAAAUGAAGCCUUCUGUAUGGACAAGUGUGCUUAUGCUCUAUGUUCUCUUAAUAUGUGUAGAGAUCAGCAGUCAACAAAAUAUCAGUCCCCGGAAAUUAGAACAGAGAAAGGCGGAGGUUGCUGGCUAUAAAGAUAUCGCUAAAUCCAUUAUUAACCGUGCCGUUUAUGGCAGCGCUCAGAACAGAUCCUAUGAAAGGCUAGCUCUAUUUGUUGACACCAUUGGAAACAGAAUCAGUGGUUCCGAUAACCUCCAGAAUGCAAUCAAGUACAUGUAUAAAGCCCUACAAGACGACAAACUGCAGAACGUGUCACUAGAAGCCGUAAAAAUCCCACACUGGGAACGUGGAAAGGAGUCGGCUAUGAUGAUCCAACCACGGAGGAAAAAUCUGGCAAUACUGGGACUGGGAGGCAGCGUUGGAACCCCAGACGAAGGGAUAACGGCAGAAGUGAUCGUAGUGUCUUCUUUUGAUGAACUGCAUAGGAGAGCUGAGGAGGCCAAGGGGAAGAUUGUAGUUUACAACCAGCCAUUUGUCAGUUAUGGAGAGACCGUGCAGUAUAGGGCACGAGGAGCCUCCGAAGCUGCUAAAGUCGGGGCUCUGGCCUCUUUAAUCAGAUCAAUAGCCUCCUUCUCCAUUAACAGCCCACACACCGGAUGGCAGGAUUACGAGAAUGGUGUCGAAAAGAUCCCCACUGCCUGCAUCACAGUAGAAGAUGCUGAACUCAUGGCUCGCCUGGUAUCCCGCGGUGUUAAAAUUGUUGUCAAUCUCUAUAUGGGAGCAGUCCAGCAUCCAGACGCUGAUUCAUUCAAUACAGUGGCGGAAAUUGUUGGGAGCAAAUAUCCGGAGCAGGUUGUGAUUGUCAGCGGACAUCUGGACAGCUGGGAUGUUGGGCAAGGAGCCAUGGAUGAUGGUGGUGGAGCCUUUAUCUCAUGGGAAGCGCUGUCGCUCAUUAAAGAUCUUGGUCUACGUCCUAAAAGAACAAUUCGCCUGGUACUAUGGACUGGAGAAGAACAAGGAGGAGUUGGCGCGAGUCAGUAUUAUGAUAUGCACAAGAAAGACAUUGCCAACAUGGACCUUGUCAUGGAAGCAGACUCGGGUACCUUUAUGCCACUGGGUAUGCAGUUUUCUGGCAAGCCACAGGCUCGGGCCAUAAUGUCCGACAUUAUGCAGCUACUGGAACCCAUCAACAUAACCAAACUUUAUGACAAUGCUGAUGGAACCGACAUUAGUUUUUGGAUGGAAGCUGGUGUCCCAGGGGCAAGUCUUCUUGAUGACAUAAGCAAAUAUUUCUGGUUCCAUCACUCGGAAGGAGACACGAUGACAGUCCAGAACCCCAUCUGGAUGAACCUCUGUGCAGCCAUCUGGACCGUCGUUGCUUACGUAGUUGCUGACUUGGAGGAAAUGUUGCCAAGAUGAUGAGAAGUAAGAGAUGUGAAGGGCAUCCCACACUGAGGACCAUGAAGACAUUCGCUCAUCUCUUGCCUCAUAUAUUCUCAGCAUGCUCAUAUGAUGUAUAUUUUAUUUCAUUAGAUAAUAUUUGAUUAUUUCUCAUGUGAUUUUACUUAUUGUGCAUCUUCCUAAAAGCUUAAUAUUAGUAUGUAUUAAUUUUAUAUUACUACAGUAUUAGUAUCUACUCUUAUUAAAUUACUAUAGUGUA